AUAUAUAUAUAUAUAAAUAUAAAUAAUAGUCGAAAUAAACGAAAUUCAUUUGAAAUGCUGUUUUGAAGAAUGCGCCUAAAUGUCUUCCGGAAUUAAUUGUCGUGAAAUUUUCGUAUUUUUGGAAAUUUUGAUUUGGAAUCAAACAAAACAGAGAAAUCGACAAAACAAUGAGCAUAACAACAACAGCAGCAGCAGCAGCAAAAGCAACAACAACAACAACAGCAACAACAACAGCAGCAAACAACAUCAUAAAAAUCACAGCAAACGCAGCAGCAGCAGCAACAACAACAACAAAGUCGCAGUGAAAGUGCUUAAAAAUCAACAACAACAACAACAACAACAACAGCCGAAAACUUCAAAAGGCAGCAACAACAACAACAAAAGCUUAAAAUUGCACAGCCACCAAAAUUUGCAUGUGCUGCAAAAGGGCUAAAAAAGCGCCCAAAAACAAAAAAAAAAACUUAUUCAACAAACAAAAUUGCUUUAAAGCUUAAAGUUUAAAAAUAAAAUAAAAACCAAACAAUUUCUAUCUAAAAUAUA